CAUCUGUCAGAGAGAGAGAGAGAGAGAGAGAGCGAGAGAGAGCGAGAGAAGGAAAUGGACCAAUAUAUCCUCAAAGCAUUGGAAGGUGAAUUGUUAUGGUAUGACGAGAGGCCUCCAGUAGUACUGAAUCAAAGCGCUUUUGUGCUGUACACAAAUACACCCGUCAUUGAUAAGCUUCCCAGUGAUGUCACAAAAUCCAUGAAUACGAACAAGAGGAUGCUGCAAUUCUUGAGGAAAAGCUGGCAACCUGCAACGGCAAGAAAUGAAGCCGAACCGGACGGCAAACACCGGGCUUUUCGCCACAUGAUCAACGAGCGCAUGAGGAGGGAGAAGCAGAAGCAGAGCUACUUAGCCUUGCAUUCUUUACUGCCCAAUGGAACCAGGAGUGAUAAGAAUUGGAUUGUGCAAAUGACAGCUAUGAACAUUCAGCAGCUGAAGAGGUACAAGGAGGAAUUGAUCAAGAGGAACGUGGAGCUGGAAGCGCUUUUGGUAGAAAAUGAAAAGGAAAGAGUGAAAUGGAGCAAGAUUAGAUUAAAGGUGGCUAAUCCUACAUCAGGAAUUGAAUCUAUGUUGGAGGUUCUUAAGUGCUUGCAAUAUUUGGGUUUGAAAGCCAGAAAUGUUCACUCUAAUUUCUCCCCUGAGGAGUUUUCAGCAGAACUGGAAAUUGAAACCAAGAUUGGAGCUGCAGAGAUAGAAGAGGCUGUGCAAGAAACACUCAAUAAAGCUGAGAGGAAACUGCGUUUUCCAUUUCCAGGAAGGUGAAGGGAGACAGGAAUUUGGUGCUCCAAUUGACAUUUGACUUUAGUGAAUAUUCUUUUGAAAUAUGGAAAACGAAUGGGUCAAUUUUCUCUUCGUGUCUUGAAAAGUUUCAACUUAUUGAAUUUGACACUCGAAUUUGACUAGAAGUUUAUAUUUUCAA